AACCGACGUCAGGUAAAAAACCGUUGGUCAGCGUAGUCGUAUUAAUCAUAAAACGUUCAGAAAGUGCUAAAUGUUAGGUGAUUUGCUGAAAGAAUGGAGAAACCAUUCAACUUCAAACUGCUGGUGCCCCCAAGAGCUAAUUUGAAUCAAAUUUCGGCAGUGAAGCCUCAGGAAACAGGCUUGUUUGAAGAAAACUCCGUUUUUUCUCUUUCAAACCAGCGUUAUAACAAGUGUUCAGAUAUGGAUAGAAGCCUGCCGUUCCCAUCAAAAAUGGUGCUUCCUACGAAGACAUCAAGAACUGAAGGUAUGAAGAAGGCUGCAGUCAUGCCAAUGGAAAAGGAGGAGACAUCAUUAAGAUCCAGCCAGCUGUACUCCAGAUUGCUUGAUGAAGCUGAGAAAAUCAAAAUGUGGAAGUUCAAAAUAGAUUCUGAGAUUUCACAAAAGGACAGAAAGCUUCAGGAGAACAGAAAAACCAUUGAGACACAACGCAAAGCUAUUCAAGAGCUUCAGUUUGCAAAUGAAGGUCUGAGCAUGAAAUUAGAGGAUCAGCUGAAUGAGAAUGAAGACCUUAGAAAUAAAAGCAAUGCAACCAGAAAUUUGUGCAACAUACUAAAGGACACAUUUGAGAGAUCUGCUGAGAAAAUUAAUCUGUUUGAGGCUGAACGGGAAGAAACUCAUGAUAUGUUCAUUCAGAACAGUGAGAAUAUUCAGAGGAUGGUGGCAGCAUUUGAAGGUCUUCGGAAACAGGCAGAGGCUGAUCAGCAGGAAAUGUUGAAAUUAAGAGAAUGUCUUACACAGUUUGAGGAUCUUAAAGUGAAGUUGGAGAGUGAAUGCCAUGUGAAGGAGAAUGAGGUUGCUAUGCUUCAAGAAAAACUCCAAGAAAAAGAAAGCAAUCUCAAAGAUGUUUCACUAAAACUCAAAGAGGCACAGCAAAGCUGCAGUGUAAUAGAGGAGUCGGAAAGGAAACAUCAGAAAUUACUUCAAUGUGUUACACAGGACCGGGAGGCACUUGAGGAGAAACUCAAGGUGACAGAGCAACUCAAAUGGGAGAUUGAGGAAAACCAGAGAGCCCUUACUUACAAACUGGAGCAAAGCAAAGAUAACCAUGAGAAAGUUCUCCAAGAGAAAGAUGAUGAACUACAAAAACUAAACAACAUCAAAGAGCAACAGUCAAACCAACUUUCAGAGAUUCAGCUGACAGUUAAUUCUUUGCAGUCCUCACUGACAUCUGAGAUACAAAGGGCACAAGACCUUGAGACAAAGAUAACCUUAUGUGUGAAUGAACUUAGUGACAAAAACACAGAGUUAGAAGUUAUCAGGGGGCAGAAGGAGAACCAUAGCAAGCAAAUACAGAUACUCAGAGAUGAGCUGAAUGAAAAGACAAACUCACUUUGGUCUACAAAGGAAGAGAUAAAGACAAGGGAGGGUGAGAUGCUCCAGCUUAUUGCUUCACUUGAGGAGAAAAGUGAAGCAAAUCAUUUGAAGGAUGAAAUAGAAAGUGUCAUCACAGAAAAUAAAAACAUGAAGGAAGCCCAGACAAAAGCUAGACUUGACAAUGAAAAGCUGCAGAAGGAAGUUGCAUUAAAGGAGGCUAAAUUACAAGAGAUGGAGGCACAACUGUCUGGAGCUUUGGAGAGCAGCUGUAAAUCAUCAAAAGAAGUAGAAAGAUUGGAGAGGGACCUAAAGCAGCAGAAGGCAGAAUAUGAGGGGUUGAUAUUGAAGUUUAAUGACCUGCAGAUGCUGAAGGAUACCAUUCAGCAACAGGUUGAUAGUGGUGCUUUAGAGAAGAAAGUCCUUCAGUCUCAUCUCAUGGAAAGCAAUGCAAAUGCAGAAAGAAAGAAGACAGAAAUAGAGAGACUUGAGAAAGAGAAACAACAACUUCAGGAGCAAGUGGAUAAUUUAUCUGCAAAAAUUGCUGGGCAGGAUGAUGAGAGUAAGAAUGUUCAACAGCAACUGAAAGAGAGUGGCAAAACAGCAAAGCGGGAACUUCUGACAAAAGAGAAACAAAUCAAAGCACUGGAGUCAAAGGAACUGGAGCUGUCCCACCUGCAAGUGGAAAAUUAUGAUCUUAGACAACAACUUGAAAAGCUCAAAGGAGAGAAGGUGGCCUUAAGAACACCACUUUUAUCUCUUGAAAAAGACACACUUCAACAGGGACCUGAAAUCAAACCUAAGAAGGGAAGAAACAAGAUCUCUAAAACUCAAAGAGCUGACACCGCUAAGAAGCCUGUGUAUACACUUUUAAAUGAGGAUGAAAAUAAACCAUCAAGAAAUACAUGUAACACUCCUGCUGAAACAGUGAAUGAAGUCCUUCAUACUCCCUUAUGGAGCAAAACGACUAAAACAACACCUCAAAUAAAGUCAUUCAGAAUUCGCACACCACCAACAUCUGAGAUUACGGGGUCUUGGAAGGAAAACAUUCUGAAGCUGGAUCCAAAAUCAGACAACUCAGACAGCAAUGACAUACUGAGUUUCUCUCCAAAACCUAUUAAAUCAAAGAGACCUAUGCAACCAAAAGACCUAGACACAGGGAGUCUGGACAUGUUCAAGAAGGUACAGAGUUCUUUUCCAUGUAAGUCUCCAGGAACAGUGUUGAAAUUGGCUGCAAUCAAGAGAAUGCGAGAUGCUGGAUGGACCACUGUUAGCAAUUCAGAUAAGAAGAAAAAAAAAGAAACUGACAAAAUCUUUGCUUAAAAGUGUUUGCAUCAAAGAUGUGUGAUUAUCCUUUUAGAAACCUUACACAAAAGAGUACAUAUACUCUUAAUACAAUAGCUUC